AUGUCCUGUGUCCCUGUUGUUCCUGUGCCUGUGUCCCCCCUGUCUCCAUACCCACCUCCCUGCUGUCCUGAUGCCCGACUGCAGCGGCAGGACGAGCAGUUCUCCCUGGUCUUCACCAUCGGCUCCUUCAUGAACAACUUCAUGACCUUCCCCAUGGGCUUCAUCUUCGACCGCUUCGGCACCGCCGUCGCCCGCCUCGUCGCCAUCUCCCUCUACACCGGCGGGACCCUGCUCGUCGCCUUCUCCACCCCAGAGCUGGCGGUGCUGCUCUUUCCGGCCAUGUCCAUGCUGUCGGUGGGCGGCAUCCUCCUCAUCCUCACCAACAUGCAGGUGGGCAACCUCUUUGGGAAGUACCGCUCCAUCAUCAUCACCCUCUACAACGGCGCCUUCGACUCCUCCUCUGCCAUCUUCCUCAUCAUCAAGGUUCUGUAUGAGCACGGGCUGUCCCUGCGCGCCAUGUUCCUCUUCAUGGCGGCCUGCAGCGCCUGGCACCUGCUACGCACCCUCUUCCUCAUGCCCCGCACCCGCAUCCCCUACCCGCUGCCCCCCGCCUACGACUACGGGCUGCGGUGCCCGGGGCGGUCGCAGUCGUACCGCACCUACGAGGAGAAGCGCCCGCCAGGAGAGGCCGGCCCCGAGGAGACCCCCCUGGAGCCCACCCCCCCCAGAGGCGGCGGGGACCCCCCCGGGAUGCCCUUCGGGGCCUGCGUGCGCUCGGGGCUGUUCGCCUGGCACGUGGCCUGGCUCUCCGUCAUGCAGCUGCGGCACUACCUCUUCAUCGGCACCCUCAACCCCCUCCUCGACCACCUGGCCCGCGGGGACCCCCACCUCGUGAGCACCUACACCAACGCCUUCGCCUUCACCCAGCUCUGCGGGGUGCUCUGCGCCCCGUGGAACGGCCUCAUCCUCGACCGCCACAAGCGGGGCAAGGCCCCCCGCCCCGAGGGAGCGCUGGGGGCGCUGGCUGACCUGCGGGCGUCCGUGCUGUCGCUGGCGGUGACAGUGGCGCAGUGCCUGCUCUUCUCGGUGUGCGCGGCAGUGCCCGUGCUGCCCGUCCAGUUCGCCACCUUCGUGCUGCAGGUGCUCAGCCGCUCCUUCCUCUACGGGGGCAACGCCGCCUUCCUGGCCAUCGCGUUCCCCCCGCAGCACUUCGGGAAGCUGUAUGGGCUGGCCAUGGCGCUGUCGGCGUUGGUGGCCCUGCUGCAGUACCCCUGUGUCACCCUGGUGCGCGGGCCCCUCCACGGGGACCCCUUCUAUGUGAACGUGGGGCUCAUCGCCGUGGUGCUGGUGGCCUUCGUCAGCCCCGUGGUGGUGGCCCGCGAGUGCCGGCGGCGAGCCAAGGAGCUGGGGGCUGCCGGCACCCCCCUUGCAGCCCCCCCAGGCGCCGAGACCCCCGACGAGGUGCCCCGCUGAGCCCAGCGCUCGCUGCCCCCCAUUUGUCCUCUGGGCUGGCGUGGGGGUGCUGUGCCGCGGGACCGUGUGUGUUCGGGGAGGGGGGGGCAAUAAAUAUGGAUGCCCCCUCU